AUGCUUCCGUUCAAGUUUGCGAUUUUUUAUUUCCACAACGAGGUCGUCAAAGUGGAAAGCACUUCUUUAAUAGUUGGAAAUAUUGGCAAAUUCAAUCAAAUUAAUUCUCGGCCUGAUUUGACCGAUGAGAAUUGGUUAGAACUCAAAUGUCCGUCGAGGAAGGAGCCGAAGAAAACGGAGGCCGUCAAAGUGUUACUCUUUGGGGAUUCUUUUAAGGAGUUGAUCCAAAAGAAGAACAAAUUCAUUAUAGGAGGAGACAUUUGGCCCAAAGAUGACAUGAAACCCAGAGAGGCAAACAUUGGCCAGGAUAAAAAAAAGAAACAAAAGUCUACCCGACAAGAAGCAAGGGACAAAACUCUCGCCAAAUUAAAAGACACACUUUCACAAAAGAGGUCUCUGCAAGCAUCUGAAGAGUUGUUCAGCAGCUCUGACGAUUGCCAGACACCUGUUCGCAAGAAAAGCAUGCGGAUACAGCAGUUCUCACCGCAGCCCAGUUCAGAUGAUACAGACAUUGGGAGCCCACCCCCUUUGCAGAUUAUUGAAAACUUAGAAGAAAGUUUGCAUGUCAAUCCAGAGGGACUGAUGCUCAAGAUAACGCUGUGCCAUCAAUGGCAGAGAUUAUCGGGUGUCUUCGUGAACUCCCAGAGACACUGCGAUUAA